AUGGAGCACGGAAGCAGCUCUCGAGUCGAUUUCUCGUUUCUCUUUUGUGGGCGGCGACCGAUCUUUUCGGUACAGGCAAAUCUCAAUCAAAGCAUCACGAUACCAUCUGGACCGGGAGAUAUUGACUAUUCAAAUUUGCGAGAACUUGCAAGAAGAAAUGCGGAUAUUGAGAAACAAUUGGAAAAGGACAAAGUAGCGGCAAAGCAAACGCUGAAGAUUCUAUUGCUUGGCGGACCAGAAAGCGGAAAAAGCACGAUAUUCAAGCAAAUGAAAAUUUUACAUUUAAAUGGCUUCUCUGAGCUUGAUUACGUGAAUUUUCGAUAUCUUGUGUAUAGCAAUGUUGUUGAGUCGGUGAAUCAACUUCUCGAGGGCGCUAGCGAGCUGCGGAUUGAACCAGAUGAAAUCGCAAAGGAUGACAUUCGGCGAUUCCAAGAUCACUACCGAACUGUGGCUCCAUCAGACAUCGAGUUAACAUUGGAAAUAUCACUCGUCAUUCACAGGAUCUACCGUAGUCAAUUCAUCCGUGAAGUUGUCUCGAAACGUCACGAGAUCAGUCUUCUCGAUUCGGCUACAUAUUUUCUUGAUGAAAUCAUUCGAAUUGGAGCUCCUGAUUACACACCAACUCAAAUGGAUGUCAUACGAUCUCGAAUCCCGACCACUGGAAUCAAUGAGAUUGAGUUUCCAUAUAGAGAUGUGGUCUUGAGAAUGGUUGACGUUGGCGGGCAACGAUCCGAGCAACGCAAAUGGAUUCACUGUUUCGACAACGUGAGCGGUGUACUUUUCGUAGCCGAAAUCUCCGGUUACAAUCAAAAGCUAAACGAUGGGGAAAUCGUUGUCAAUCGCCUCAAAUACAGUAUGCAUUUGUUUAAACGAGUCGUCAACAAUCGAAUUUUCGGGAAGAAAACGGCGAUGAUCUUGUUCUUGAAUAAGAUCGAUAUUUUUCGGGAUCGCCUUGUGCAUACACCGAUCAAUGUUUGCUUUAAAGACUAUAAAGGUCCACAAGCUUUCGAAGCCUCAUCAAUCUAUAUCUCAGAUCGUUUUCAACGUCUUGUCUCCGGUGAGAUCGCUCAUGAGCGCCCGGUCUACACCCAUUUCACGAAUGCCACCGACACUCGGAAUAUCGAUCGAGUUUUUGAGUCUUGUAUCGAUGUUGUUUUCAAACUCAGUAUGGAGAAAGUCGGAUUCAUG